UGAAAAUGGCGACCGCCGGUCCCGCAGACCCGGGCUUUACAGCCCCCCCGGAUUUGAGGACUCCCUUCUGGAGGAUGCUGGUCUCUCAGAGAAGUACAUGCAUGGGUCCAGUCGAAAAACAGCUUCACCAGAGGGCCCAGGGUCGUCUCAGAGUAUGAAGAAGACUAUUGGUCAUCGAGGGAUUAACCCCACUGGAGAGACCACUUAUAAAAAGACAACCUCUUCUGCCUUGAAAGGAGCCAUUCAGCUUGGUAUUACUCACACUGUGGGAAGCCUGAGCCAGAAAGCUGAGAGAGAUGUUCUUAUGCAGGACUUCUAUGUGGUAGAAAGCAUCUUCUUCCCAAGCGAGGGAAGUAAUCUGACUCCUGCACAUCACCAUGGUGACUUCCGGUUUAAGACAUAUGCACCCAUUGCCUUCCGUUACUUCAGAGAACUCUUUGGCAUUCGACCUGAUGAUUACCUGUACUCUCUGUGUAAUGAUCCUCUGAUUGAGCUAUCGAAUCCUGGUGCAAGCGGCUCAAUCUUCUAUGUCUCCAGCGAUGAUGAGUUUAUUAUUAAAACGGUCCAGCACAAAGAAGCGGAGUUCUUGCAGAAACUACUGCCAGGAUAUUUUAUGAAUUUAAACCAAAACAAACGGACACUGCUGCCCAAGUUCUAUGGAUUAUACUGCGUGCAGGCAGGGGGGAAAAACAUACGCAUUGUAGUGAUGAACAACCUUCUGCCACGCUCUGUACCGAUGCACCUCAAAUAUGACUUAAAGGGUUCCACUUACAAGCGCCGAGCCUCUCCCAAAGAGCAGGAGAAAAAUGUACCCACGUACAAAGACCUUGAUUUCAACCAGGACAUGCCUGAUGGAAUUCAACUCGAGCCAGACAACUACAACGCUCUCAGUAAAACCAUUCAGCGAGACUGCCUGUUGUUGCAGAGCUUUAAGAUAAUGGACUACAGUUUACUGAUUGGUAUCCACAAUGUGGAUCAGGCAAACCGUGAGCGUUUUGGCGUAGGGGAAAUCUGCAGGCCUGUGGAGGGGACAGUCACACCUGACCAGAAGAGGCCUCAGGCACAGAAAGCCCUGUACAGUACAGCUAUGGAAUCCAUCCAAGGAGAGGCACGUGGGAAGAGCACAAUGGACAGCGAGGACCAGUGGGGUGGUAUCCCAGCUCGGAACAGUAAAGGAGAGCGGCUACUGCUAUACCUUGGCAUCAUUGAUAUUCUGCAAUCAUACAGAUUCAUCAAGAAGUUAGAGCAUUCCUGGAAAGCACUGGUCCAUGAUGGGGACACCGUGUCUGUUCAUCGGCCAGGUUUCUACGCAGAGCGAUUCCAGCGAUUUAUGUGCAACACAGUAUUUAAAAAAACAAUGAAAUCAUCACCAUUGAAGAAGAGCCGUUCUGGUUGUCAGAGUGUGUCCAGGAGACUGCCCAUGGGCACUGCAUUCCCAAGUGCCCAAUCCAGCAGUCAUAUGCUUCCUGAUUCUCAACUUGUCUAUCGUAGUCACUUUACCCACCCUGAAACUGAUGUUGAAAUUGGAAUGCAGUUAGGCAGACCUGACCUACUCCCGAACAUGCCACCCCUAGCUGGAACCUCAAGUGACUUUGAAGCAACUGAUAUGCCUUCAGUCCCCCCACUCAGGUCGGUUGGGGUGGAGGUGCACAAAGCUGCAAGCACAGAACCUGAUAGCAACACUUUUCUAAGUUUGGGCGCUGAAGUUGAAGAUGAGCAAAUGAGUAAUGAAGACGCAAUUUCUCUCAAAGACAUCAUCCCAGAGACCAACAUUUGUUUUUAAGACAGCUUGGAAACAUGAUCCAGGAAAAGAGGGAGACAUGAAAAUGCGUAUGAAAGAGCGUCUCUGAUCAUUUGAAUAGAACAUUUGAACUGUUUCUCCCUGUUGGAAAGAGUGGAAGUAAUUCCAAGCCUUUGGAGUCACACCUCAGUGGGUGUGGACAGAAGAGUGUGAGUGGUAGACUCUCUUCUUUCUUCAACACAGGGUAUGCUGCUAUGACUCCAUCUGUUGACUACACAUUUCCUCCCCAGAGCUUCAGAGACACAUUUGAUCACACUGCAUGUUGUUCAUAAACACACAGAUGUUGGUCUUUCCGUUCAGACACAGCUUUGUUGCUCAUACAUACACAUACUGGAAAGAAGCCUGGGGAAGUUAUUUAUUCUGUAAGUUCUAUUCUGACUUUGCUCUAUUUUUACAACAAAGAGGACUUUGAACAAAUUAUAUUGGUAUUUCAUACUGGCUUUAACACUUUUUUUUUAUAUAAAUAUCAGUCAGUAUUAUUUAAAUACUCUGCUGUGUUUGUACUUUUUUCCCUCAUAAUUCUGAAGAUGUUUUGAAGUGAUUCCUCCACAGCCACCUGCUUUUGCAGUAAUUUGUAUACCAGGCAUAUAAUUUGCUUUUUAAUUGGUAGGAUUAUUUCAGAAUGAUGCCUCUUCAGACCUGAAGACAUAACAUUUAAGAAAUAGAUGCUGGAGCAAAUCAAGGUGCAUUACUCUUCUUAGCCCUGUUCCUAAUGGGGUGAUCUUUGAACUGUCGUGACUGUGUUCUAGCCUGAUAAUUGAACAAAUUCAGUCAAAAAGGUCCUUUUUUCCCCUCUAAAACAAAAAAGCAACAUUGUUUUUGUGCUCGCCUGUUUUCUUAAUUUGCGUUUCAGUGCCAAUGACAUUUAUUUUCUGUUGACAUGAUUGUUAUUCUAAGCUUUUUUGUGUAUGCAUGUGAAGAUCUCCUAAGCAUUUUUUGUCAAUCUUGACUGUUUCCAUUCUUUUAAAAGGACCAAUCAUUGUAAAUUCAUUAGUGGAUAUAGGCCUGCUUGUUGAUGCCAAUGGCCUUCAAUCCAUUGAUUAUGUACUGUGUUUUUGUAAAUAGUUGUGUAAAUAUUAUUUACUUUUGUGUGCUUGCAUACCUAUUACAAAGACUAAUAUGCUUUCAUGAAGCAAUAUGUAUUCUAAACUAACAAAUUAACAUGUUUAUAUUUGUUAUACGUUCUUGGCAUGCCUUCUGUCUGCUUCUACUAACUACUCAUAAGAACCUAAUUUCUGCUGGAUACAGAAAUUAACUACAUUUGUCACAUUAAUUAUGCAAGUGGCAUUUCAAUGCGACAGUUAUCAUUACAGUAAUAAUUACAGGCCUUUGGCAUUUAUGUUGAUUUGCUUUAGUUCGCCCUCAAUUUUAUUGUAACAUAAAUGCCAUUAUCUGGAAACACACUUAUUUAACAUAUCUAAAUUGUCCAGUUAUACAUUUUUGUUAGUUGAGCAUUAUUUUGCACGGACAGUGUGAAGGAUGUUGCUUUUUUUUUUGUGUGUGUGUUGUUUUUCUUGGGUUAUGAAAAAAAAAACCCUCAGACUUCUUGUUUAUAUGAACUAUAUAUGGUGUUCUGCUCAAACUAAAGGCAGUGUCCAUGCACCAUGGAAGUAUUUUAUCAUGUGCUUUAUUGGGUUGUGUGUGCAGCGUGGGUCCAAGUGUUCUGAAAUUAUUCUGAAUUAAGUGAAGUUGACCUGCUCCACAAAAGACUAAGUGGCCAAAGGUUUAUGAGCCCAUUUGAAUGUGUGCUAAGAGGGAGGGAUUUCAUCAUUUCUUAUCACUAAAUGUUCUCUACUGGUCUGGUCACUUAGAUUUCCUCACUGUUCUCUAAAGUAAUUGAUAUUUGUUUCAACGUAUCCAUGUGUCCAUGAAGUGGACAUUUACAGUGGCCUACUUGCUGCUUCAUCCUAUUCUUUCAAAUACACUAAGCUGGUAGUGGUGCAAUUUGUGUCACAUGACUACUGGUUCCAACAUAUUUUAGGCCUAUUAAACUUAAUCUGCAUAACCAACACAAUAUGCAUUCUCCAUGUGCACUAAAUUUUUUAAGACUCUUAUAUAAAGAGCCAUUAAAAUACAUCAAAUCUUUAUUUGUUCAGCAUGUUUUAUUUUAGAGUAGAAUAAAACUCAGAUGUUAUUUUGCAAUCUUGACUGACGACUUCUGCCAAAAGCAUUGAUUUCAUCACUUUUACAGUUGCUGGGGUACAAAGUCAUUACCGUUUUGGCCACCAAAAUGCUGGAUAUCCAAAAGGAUUCUAAAUGAAUACAGUAAUGGUAUUCAAGGGUGUCAUCGGGAGCGAUAUGCAGUCAAUUGUGCACAAAACAACAAGAAGAGAAUCUUUAAAAUUGCCAUGUAAGUUUUUUUAGAUGCUUUUUGUAUGUAGGAAGGAUGACCUUAACUGGCCUCCAAGAUUUAUACAGGAUUACCACCAAAAGUGAACACAGUUGGUGUCCUUACCCUUGAUGAUCCUAAACCUUUAUUUUGGACUUGCAAUUAUUUCACUGGUUGGUUCUAUAUUUUUAUAAUGGUUGAAAUCUUGUAACCACAAAUAACCAGGGUUGUGAUUAGAGCAAUGUGACAUUUAAAGAGAACAUGUAUUUAUCUGUUAAAGCAAGUGCUAUACUACAAUGGUCAAAGGUUCUUGCACUUUAUGCUUUCAUGAUUUUAGAUCUUUCCUGCAUUUUUCUUUCCAUUGUGCAGUGUAACAUCUCAUUUAUGUGUAAUCAGUGUAUUUCCCCCUCCUCAAAUUGUUCUUGUUUUGCUUGCAUUUCUUGAGACCUGAACUUCAGUGCCCUGAUUAAGGCAGGGUUUACCUAGUCAUGUGACGGGUGCCUGCAGACUCCUUUGUGUUGUUUAAAUUUGUGUUAGCUGAAUGAUGAGCGAGUAGUUAGCUAAUGUCCUGCCCAUGAGUCUAUUUGCAGUGUUUUAAUUGUACUGACACAGACUUGUGGUGAUACUGAUUAAUGCACAACAGACACAUCAGUCUUGCACAAUUCACACAGCAUGAUGUGCUGGCAACAAAGACACUACCAUAUGAACUAUUGCAAUAUUACAUUUCUGACAGCUUAUGUUUUGGUAACUAUUUAUUAGGAAACCAUUUUUGUACCUUGUGUGAUUGUAUGAAACCUAAUUUACUGUGUAGCAUAGAAAAUUGCUAAAAUGCUGUAAAGCAACAAAAAUUUUCUUUUAAUUGCUUUCCUGGCAAAGGUGAGAGUCUGACAUUGUACACUGUAUUUGUUGUCUUUAAGGUAUUCUAUAUUACACUUUUUUUUUUUUUUUUUGUAAAAACAUGAUUGUCUAGUGUUUUCAGAAGUAGAAGCAUUGCCUAUAUAUUUUUACUCAGCUUGUGUAUAAUGUGUAUAUGUACUGUAUAUAAGCAGCACACAAGACCCCUGCCCAUUCCCUCAUGAUGUUAUUACCUGCCUUUCCUGCCAAUUUAAUGUGGUGGUGGUGGAUUUUUUUCCCCCCUCCAUAUUGUCACUUUUCAGUAGGCUAAUAAAUUUUUAAACUUUU